AAUCUUCCGCUACUCUUCCGCCGACCCUAGCCCAUGAUCUUGACGUGGUGCAUUUCGGGAAUCGUAGUUUUCGCGAUUCGGAUUGAAAGCGGCACCUGGCUGGAGGAGUAUGCAGAGAGAACUACCAGGGAGGCGGGGCAACCGGGAAGAGAGGAAAACCGACCCGCUGCUGCGGAGGCAGCUGAGACAUGAAACGAAUGGAAGGUACCAGUGAGCAAGAGCGGGAAGCAAAGAAGCAGAAGCUUCUUAAAGAACUUGAAAACAGAUGGCUUCCUUAUCUAACUCCCAAAGAUGCUGAAUUCCACCAGCUGUGGCAGGAGAACUAUUCCAAACUGAUGCUCCGAGAAGCUAAUAGGAUUCCUGAUUUUCUACAUAAGGAAGUUCAGCAAGCUUUCCUUACCUUGCGGAAGCAUGGCUGCUUAUUCCAGGAUCUAGUUCGAAUCAAAGGGAAAAAUUUACUCACACCAGUAUCUCGUCUUCUUAUUGGAAAUCCAGGGUACACGUAUAAAUAUCUGAACAGCAGACUCUUCACUGUACCAUGGCCAGUGGAAGGUUCCAACAUAAAGUAUACUGAAGAUGAAAUAUUUUCAGCUUGUACAGCUUUCUUUAAGCUCAAUGACUACCUGCAAAAAGAUACAAUCCAGGCUUUAAAUAAGCUACACUUGAUUAAAUCUGAGAAAAAUGAAGAUGGCACAAUCUUUGGAAUGAUACCAGACUUCUCCAAGAGUGGUUUAGACAUGGGAGAUGAUAUAGAACUCAAGAAGAGGACAGCAUACAACUUGACUUUGUUGAAUUACAUGGAUCCCCAGAAAAUGUCAUACUUGAAAGAAGAGCCAUAUUUUGGGAUGGGGAAAAUGGCUGUGAGCUGGCAUCAUGAUGAGAAUUUAGUAGAAAGAUCAACAGUGGCAGUAUACAGUUACAGUUGUGAAGGCCCUGAAGUGAUUGACGAAGAUGAGCCGAGUCCAGAAGGGAGAGACCCUGCUCUGUGGCAUGUUGGUCUGAAGAUAGCCUGGGACAUAGAGACACCCGGUUUGGCAGUACCACUUCAUCAAGGAGACUGCUAUCUUAUGCUAGAUGAUCUUAAUAUAACCCAUCAACAUUGUGUUUUGGCUGGUUUGCAACCUCGAUUCAGUUCUACCCACAGAGUGGCAGAGUGCUCAGUGGGGACUCUGGAUUAUAUUUUUAAACAAUGCCAGUUGGCAAUGCAGAAUGUGUGGGAUGACAUGGAGCCUAAAACCAUGCAUUUAAGAUCACUGGAGCCAUUGGUUGUCAAACAGGGGGAGGAAAUUCAUAAUGAGGUGGAGUUUGAAUGGCUAAGGCAGUUUUGGUUUCACGGCCAUCGCUACAAAAAGUGCACAGAUUGGUGGCAUCUACCCAUGUCUGAACUGGAAGGACUGUGGAAAAAGAUGGAAUGUGUGACAAAUGCAGUGCUUUGUGAAAUCAGAAAAGAGGGAUUGCCUAUGGAACAAAAGAAUGAAAUCAUAACAGAUUUACUUGCCUUGCUCACCACACGACAGGAGCUGCGAAUGGAAUGGUGUAUGAGAUGCCAAUCCCGAAUUGCUCAAAAUUUACCAGAGGAACAGAGACCAAUAUGCUGGCCAUAUUGGGAAGAUGAUGAUCCUGAGAUGCCAUUGCCAUUUGACCUUAGCAACAUCAUUUUGGAACUCCAAGGUCAGCUCUUGAAAACAAAGCCUUAGGGGAGAAUACUGCCAUUUUGGUUGAAACCAUGUUUUCAGAAGAAAUACCUUUUAACAAAGGAAAUACUUCAGCUAUAGAAUCCAGAGUCUUCCAUGACUCAGGCAAAGACACCAAUGAAAAGUGUAAAGAUCCCAACUGACCACCUACUCGCUGGAUUUUGAGAACCAUCUACCUUGUAAUAGCAAAAGGGUGGGGCUCCUAAAUAUAAGAGCUCUGAACUGAGACUGUGUUGUGGUCUUCUUGGCUAGGGAUAAAUCCGGGGCUCUUCCCUUACGUGGAUCCAAGCUGGCUGUUUUCUAACAUCUGUAUAAAAUGCUUAAUCACAAAAAGCUGUAGGGCAUUGCAAAGGACAGAGGCCCUACUUGCAGCAAAACUUAGUAUAUUCCACUCCUUCUUCUAACCUACCACUGACAGGGGCACAGGUGUGCCCAGUCUGAAGAGAGGCUGAAAGAGGAGUCAAAAACCUUCAGCAUCUCCCUUUUAUCUCUUUAACAAAUGAAAUGCAAAAUCAGUUUGGUAUUUAAAGUUUUUCACAGUCUGGAUUUCUAGUAUUAUUUUGUGCUACUCCCCCAAAUGUACUCUUCAUUAUAGUCACACGGGAACAUAUGUGUGUGUUUGCAUGAGGACACAUGCACACUUGUACACACAUGUGCCGUGUGUGUUUCUACUUGCAGUUCUCUGUACAUACAUUCCUUUUUCCCUUCCUUGUUUUUCAUCCUCCACCUGUGCCUUUUAGAAUUCAUUCAUAGUGCAAUGAAGCUUUCCCUUUAACUUUUUCCUUCAUCAUUAGUAUCUUGGAAUUAUUUCAUGUUACUUUGUACAUAGGUUGCAUAUACUUACCCAAAUACAUAUUGAGUGUAAGCUCAUUGAA